AUGGAAGAUCAAACUAUGGAAUUAGCUCAACAAAAUUCAAUCACAGCUAUAGAAAAUUGGGAAGUAGAAGAGGCUGAACCUCUUCUCAUUCAACAACAACAAGCCAUUCAUGACAAAGAAAGGGAGACAUCAGUUUGGGUUCAACAAAAUAUGAUCAAACUGGGCAAAUUACUGGGGGCAGAUUUCCAGGGUCAUGAAGAGGAGGCCUUGGAAUUGUUGUUACAAGUAGAUAGUUGCAGACAAGCUAGAAGGAUGGAGUCUGACAGUGAGUGCAAGAAGACAAGAUUCAAAGGGGCACAAGAAUUAAAAGUUUCUUGGAAUGUGAGGGGAUUGAAUGAUAGGGAUAAAAGGAGAAUUGUGCAGAGUUUGGUAGUUGACUGGAAGGCAGAUAUCAUAUGCCUCCAGGAGACUAAACUAGAGGGGGACAUUAGAGAUAUUGUCAAACAAGUGUGGGGAGGAAGAUGGAUCAAAUUUGCUUACUUGGAGGCUAGUGGCACUAGAGGAGGUAUCAUGAUGAUGUGGGAUUGCAGAAGCUGGAAGGGGGAAGUUUUGGAAAUUGGCAGCUAUACUUUGACGUGCAAGUUUGAAGCACAACUUCAGAACUUUUCAUGUCAUAUAACUGGGGUCUAUGCUCCAAAUAACUACAUCGAAAGAAGGACAGUGUGGGAAGAGGUUGGUGCAGUCCGGGAAUUGAUGGAAGGACCUUGGGCUGUUUGUGGAGACUUUAAUGUCGCCAGAUUCAUCUCAGAAAAAAGAAAUUUUAGGAGAAGAAGAAGGAGUAUGGUGGAAUUUUCUGAUUUCAUUGAAGACAUGAACUUAAUUGAUCUACAAUUAGAAGAUGGUAACUACACAUGGUUCAAAGGGGAUAAUCAAGAUAGAGCUUCCAGAAUUGAUAGGUUCCUGAUUUCUGAGGAGUGGGAUGACAGUUUUAGUAAUAUAAAACAGAUUCCCCUACAAAGAUUAGCAUCUGAUCACAUUCCACUAGCUUUAGAGGGGGGCACGUGGAACAGGAGCAAAAAUUAUUUCAAGUUUGAGAACUGGUGGCUAGGAACAACUGGUUUCAAUGAUAGAGUCCAAGAAUGGUGGAGCUCUUUCAGUUUAAAUCUCUUGUGUAAAAAAGGAAAUUGCCUGGCAAGAUCCGACUAA